ACAACAAUACAACUUGCAAGGGCCCCAUUGACAAAAAACAAGUGAUACCCAAUAGCUCACAUCACACCCCCUUCCUCCACCACCAUGAAUCCACCAGCCUAAUGAGCUACUCAACCACCACCCUCCUCCACACCCCCCCUACCCCCCACCCCCACUCCCACCCCUACCCCCUUAAACCCCACCACCCCACCUUCCCCAAACGCACUCUCCUCCUCUCCACCCCCCUCCUCACCCUCCCCACCCCCCUCUCCUCACCCUCCCCACCCUCUCCCCCAGACACCACCAUCACUGACAGGCUCUUCAUGGACUUGAGCAUCUGCCCUUCUUUUUUCCUCAAUCGAAAUCUUGGUGAUAGUCUUUCACAAUGCAAGGACACCCAACUCAUUGGCAGGCUCAUUCUUGGCCUCUAUGGCAACCUUGUGCCUAUCACAGUGUCCAAUUUUAAGGCCAUGUGUACUGGGACUUCAGGGUCUUCGUAUAAAGGCACAUUGGUGCAUAAGAUCUUUCCGGGCCAGUUUUUUGUCGCGGGGAAGCAGGGGAGGAAGGAUAAGGGGGAGGUGAGUCCUCCUGUGAAGAUGGUGAGGAAUUUGGAGACUGUGAGUUCUAAGGCCUUUGAGUUGAGGCAUUCUAAGGCCGGGGUCUUGUCGUUGUGCUUGUCGGAGAAUGAUGAUGAGGAUGAUGUUAAGUUGGAUCCUAAUUAUCAUAAUGUGGAGUUCUUGAUCACUACUGGGCCUGGUCCUUGUCCUGAUCUUGAUGGCAAGAAUAUUGUGUUUGGGACUGUUCUUGAAGGGUUGGAUGUAGUCACAUCCAUAGCUUCAAUCCCCACUUACAAGCCAGGAGAACGUAUCCGGCAAUAUAAUGAUUUGGCAGAAUUUUUUGGAGAUGAGAGAGCCAAAACUGCCCGUGCAAUCUGGAACAAGCCCCUUGAGACUGUAUAUAUCAGUGACUGUGGAGUGCUCAAAGUGGCGAAAACAACUCUUUCGCCUACUCUACCUUGACCACGUUUUUCCUUGACUUAAGGUAGUCUAUCCAGGGUUGCAGUGACAAUUUACAGAACUUCUAAAAAUGUUUAAUAUUUUUGUUCUUGUGAUUCUGAUUUUAGAAGCUUGCAAGUUGGGUGCAAAUUAGUCAAAUAGUUCUUGAGCUAUUUGAGUUCGGCUCUCAGAAUAUUCCAAUCCAGUCAGACAAAGUUUGAGCCAAGCUCGAGCUCGGGCACACAAGCCUAAUCGAGUUUUUAUUUGUUACUAUCAUCAUAUUUGUAUUAUAAAUAUACUAUUAUAUGAAUAUUUAAUAUUUAUAUAUGUUUUGUAUAUUAAAUUGAGUCGGACUCGAGCCGCUCGGAUCACA